AUGACGACGCGCCGUGCGCUGUCUGGGCUUGUGCAACCACCUCCGCCCGGCUCCUGAUAGCACUCGCCUCCUUCGAGUCGCUCGCUCGUCGCCGCCGCAGCCGGUGACACACGAGCACGUUUCGCCCCCGCUUUCGCUGUAUACCGCCAGGCUCCCCGCUUGUUGCCGGUCGACGUGCUGCACGCUCGUGUCGUCUCAGUGAUCGCAGGGUUGUGUGAGCAUUGGGGAUCAACCGGAUUCCCGAGCUUCGGUCGCCGCCGGCAGGAGAAGAAGCGUUCGACCGCGCUUCUCAUCUUUGCGGAGGCUGAAGGGCUGGCCCGUGUCUGGCGGCCAUGACGAGGCGGGACCGCUGGUGGGCGGCCUGCUCGCUGCUGCCGCCGCUGCUGCUCCUGGUGGCGGCGGCGCCCCCCUCGGCACAUGGCCUCUGGGCGUCGGCGCUCCGCCAGCAGCCCGGGUCGCCGGCGGCGUCGUCGUCGGGGGCCGCGGCACAGGAGCUGCGGCAGGCGCCCCCGGGCAACGGCACCGGCAACAGCACCGUGCCGGACAAGCCGGCCGUCUUCACCGACCCGUCCACUGAGAGGUUCAUCCACAUGGCCGUCAACAGCUACACCGGACAGGUGUACAUUGGCGCUGUGAACACCAUCUACCAGCUGUCGAGCAAGCUCGAGCUGCAGGCGCGCGCCGUCAUGGGUCCCGAGAAGGACGACCCGGGCUGCCCCGUGACGCGCUUCUGCCCGUCCAUCACCAAGAAGUACCACGACUACUACAACAAGGCGCUGGUCAUUGACUACCCGCAGAGCCGGCUCAUCGCGUGCGGCUCGCUCUUCCAGGGCGUGUGCACCGUGCACAGCCUGGAGAACAUCACCAACUACCGGACGCCCGCCAACGAGUCCGUGGUGGCCAACAACGCGACGGCCUCGACCGUGGCCUUCAUCGCCAACGGCCCCGAGCGGCUGUCGCGCAUGCACGUCCUCUACGUGGGCGUCACCUUCACGGGCAACGGACCGUACCGGUCGGACGUGCCGGCGGUCUCGUCUCGCAGCCUGGACCUGAGCAACGACACCUUCUCGAUCGCCGUAACGGGCGUCUCGACGGGCACCAAGGUGUUCGUGAACAGCCUCGCCCGCGAGGUGUACCCCAUCACGUACGUGUUCGGCUUCAGCUCUCGCGGCUUCUCCUACUUCCUGACGGUGCAGAAGCAGUUCACCGAAGAGCCCAAGCCGUACAUCUCCAAGCUGGUGCGCAUCUGCCAGAACGACGUGCACUACUACUCGUACACCGAGGUGGCGCUCGUGUGCCAGACGCCCGACGGCAUCCACUACAACCUGGCGCAGGCCGCGUUCGUCGGCAAGCCGGGCUCCGAGCUGGCCGUCUCGCUCGGCAUCACGGCGCAGGACGAGGUGCUCUUCGUCGUGUUCGCCAAGAGCCGCGACGAGACGGACGUCUACAACCGGCCCAGCCAGAAGUCGGCGCUGUGCGUGUACGCGCUCACCGCCGUCCACCGGAAGUUCACGCAGAACAUCAACGACUGCUUCAACGGCCAGGGCGUGCGCGGCCUCGACUUCAUCAACCCCAGCAACCCGUGCCAGGACACGCAAGUGCAAAUCAACGAUGACUUCUGCGGCAUGGACGUGAACACACCGCUAGACGGCAGCAAGCCGGUGAACGCGACACCCGUGCUGACCUACUCCAACGUGCUGCUCACAUCGGUGGCGGCCGUCUCCACUCACGACUACACGGUCGCCUUCCUCGGAACCUCCAACGGACACCUGAAGAAGGCCGUGGUGGAGUCAGUGACCAACGCGUUUGAGUACAGCGACAGCGUCAUCGAAGAAGGCAAGGCGGUCAACUCGGACAUGCUGUUUGACAAGAACGGCGAGCACCUCUACGUGAUGACCGAGCGCACGGUGACAAGGGUGAAAGUCCAAGAGUGCCACCAGUAUAAGACUUGCAUAGACUGCCUUGGUGCUCAAGACCCUUACUGCGGCUGGUGUUCACUGGAAAACAAGUGCAGCCUUAGGAGCAACUGUGCCGAGGCUGCCCAGGACCCACUGUACUGGCUUUCGUACAAGAGUGGCAAGUGUACCACGAUCACCAGUGUGCAGCCAGCGCAGAUCCAGCGAACCACAGCUCGCAUUCUGAGCCUGGUGAUCGGCAACCUUCCUGUGCUGGACGGCCAGUUCUUCUGCGCUUUCACGGCCUUCUCCAAAACUCUGGAGACCAAUGCCACCCGCUUGACCAAUGGUGUCAGCUGCCCCACCCCGCACACGGACUCGCUGCCACCAAUCCCUCCGGGCGAACAUCAUUUCACUGCCAAGUUGUCUGUGAGGAUGAAGAGCAACCCGGACUUCGUAGCCACCAACUUCACCUUCUAUGACUGCAGUACCUACACUUCAUGCACCCAGUGUGUCUCCAGUCCCUUCCCUUGCGACUGGUGUGUCGGUGGGCACCGCUGCACUCAUGACACGGGCGAAAACUGCCGCAACGACAUCCUCGUCACGGGUGUAUCGAGUGUGGGGCCAAGCAUUCGGUCAGGACCAGGGUUUUGCCCUCGUAUCAAUGCAACCACUGGCAUUUCCACCGAGAUUCUUGUGCCAAUGGGCAUCAACAAGCGCAUUCAAGUCAAGGUUGAAAAUAUUCAGCCUUUUAUUGCCUCUACAAGAUUUGUGUGCCAGUUCAACAUUGAAGGCAGAGUGAAGCAAGUGAAUGCUCAACUUCUAGGAGAUACGAUAUAUUGCGAGAACAUGCAGUUUAACUACGGCACACAAGCUCCUAACAUCACUGCAGCAUUUGCAGUCAUCUGGGAAGGUAGCAAGCCCCUGGACAACCCUGAGAAUAUACAUGUUCUCGUGUACCGGUGCGAGAACAUGUCGGAGAACUGCGGCCUUUGCCUGGAACUUCCCGAGAAGUACGCAUGCGGCUGGUGCCAGCAGAGCAACUCGUGCAAGGUGCAGGAGCAGUGUGACGGUCACGCCACCAAGUGGCUUGAGCGCACACAGACUUGCCCUGAUCCGCAAAUCACCAGGAUCUACCCAACAUCUGGGCCCUGGGAAGGGGGCACCAACAUCACCAUCGAGGGCUACAACCUUGGCCGAGUCUUCCAGGAUAUCCAGAAUGGAAUUCACGUGUCCAAGGAGGUCAACGGAGUCUCCCUUGCCCAAAUUCCCUGCGUCCCCCACAAGGACUUGUAUGUCAAGACUACUAGAAUUGUGUGUGAGAUCGAGAGCCCUCGAAACCUGACGACGAGCCCCCCGAGUGGCACCAUCUCGGGACCCGUCAUUGUCAAGGUCCUCAACGACUACACGGCCAAGUCGAAGCAGAAUUACUCUUUCGUGAACCCACGAAUUACCUCAAUAAACCCAAGCAAGGGGCCGAAGUCUGGAGGCACAAGGUUGCUCAUCUGGGGUCUACACAUGGACGCUGGCAGUCAUGCUGAAGCAUUUGUUGGGGGAAUGCCCUGCCAGAUCAUCACGCGGGAGCCAAACGUGGUGAGCUGUAACACCAGUGCAUCGACGACGUUCAAUGAGGGCAAGGUGCGGGUCAAGUUUGACAAGGGCUUGCGUCUCUUUGAGGACUACAUCUACCUCUACGUUGAGGAUCCCGAGAUUGAGAAGGUGGAGUCUGGCUCUGCCAGGCACUCCAGCGUCCCACGAGGAAUUCCAAGUGGCGGCAUCACAGUGACUGUCAAGGGGCGAAACUUAAACGCAGUUCAGGAGCCGAUGAUGUACAUCACUCUCGACGGCGAGGAACACUACAGUAGAUGCAUCCCAGACUCAGCCCAGCAGAUGAAAUGCAAGAGCCCGGCGGUUCCAAAGGACAAGCUCUCGUUCGGAGGCAACCCAGACGUCCCCGUGGAGCUCGAGUACGGCUUCCGCAUGGACGCCGUCGAGCAAGUGCGAAAUCUGUGGUCCACCAAGGGCUUCCCACCUUUCCAGAUGUUCCCAGACCCUGAGUAUUUCCCCUUCACGGAGAAGGACCAGAUCAAGUACUACAAGAGUGACUACCUUACCAUCAAUGGUAACAACCUGGACAGGGCAUGCCAGGAGUCUGAUGUGAUUGUGCGCAUUGGGACCAGCAUCUGUAAUGUGACUUCGCUGUCGCGGGUGCAGCUCACCUGCCGUCCGCCGACCGACCAACCACCGGCCCAGGACAGGAAUGGGAACCCUGAUCGCAACCAGAUCCCACAAGUCGUGGUGGAGGUCGGUGACAAGCUCAAGUUCAUGAUUGGCCGGCUGAGCUAUGACAUCCCCGUGGGGCCCGAGAGUGCAGUACCUGUGCCGGCCAUCAUCGGGGUCAGCGUGGGCGUCGGCGUACUCGUGGUCAUUGUGUUUGUCAUCCUCAUCGCGUACCGCCGCAAGUCUACCGAAAGCAGCCGCGUGCUCAAGACCAUGCAAGAGCAGAUGGACGUGCUUGAGCUGCGUGUGGCCAGCGAGUGCAAAGAAGCCUUUGCCGAGCUUCAGACUGAGAUGACCGACCUCACAAGUGACCUGACAGCAGGGGGCAUUCCAUUCCUCGACUACAGGGCAUACACGAUGAAAGUUCUGUUCCCCAAUGUGGAGGAUCACCCAGUGCUCAGGGACAUGCAGAUCGACGCUGUGAAAAAGCAGUGCAUGGAGAAGGGACUUUGGUAUUUUGGCCAGCUCGUCAUGAACAAGACUUUUCUUCUUCUGUUCAUCAGAACUCUGGAGUCCAACCGGUACUUCUCAAUGCGUGACAGGGUGAGCGUUGCGUCGUUAAUCAUGGUGACACUGCAGGGCAAGAUGGAGUAUUGUACAGACAUUCUCAAGACACUGUUAGCAGAACUCAUUGAAAAGUGUAUAGAAGGCAAGAGUCAUCCAAAGCUACUUCUACGAAGGACUGAGUCUGUAGCGGAAAAAAUGCUUUCAGCGUGGUUCACAUUUUUGCUCUACAAGUUCCUACGGGAGUGCGCUGGAGAGCCGCUGUUUGUGCUCUACCGCGCCAUCAAGCAGCAGGUGGACAAGGGCCCAGUGGACGCCAUCACAAGCGAAGCACGUUACUCCCUCUCGGAAGAGAAGCUCAUCCGGCAGUCUAUCGACUACAAAAGCAUGACAGCCUACGUCUCGAUAGCACAGCUGAGCUACGAGCUCGGGGAGAACAACGAGACGCCUGUGAAGGUCCUCGACUGUGACACUGUGUCCCAGGUCAAGGAUAAAGGACUGGACGCCAUAUACAAGAACAUGCCUUCCUCCCAGCGACCAAGCAAGGAUGACCUGGACUUGGAAUGGAGAACGGGCAAUUCGGGGCGCCUGAUCUUGUCAGAUGAAGACUCAACCACCAAGACUGAAGGAGAAUGGAAGAGGAUGAACACCUUGGCCCACUACAGGGUGAAUGAUGGGGCGAACCUGACCCUGGUUCCCAAGCAGUCAUCCAUGUACAACCUUUCCAUCAUGUCCGAGAAGAUGGAGAAGUCUCACAAAUAUGAGACCCUGAACUUCUCUCUGAAGACGAGCCCGCCACUUAGCCGGGCAACUUCUCCACUGAACCAUGAUCCGGAGACUGGUUACAAGUACUGGCACUUGGUGAAGCAUCAUGACAGUGAGAACAAGGAAGGGGAGCGUGGAAACAAGAUGGUCUCUGAGAUCUACCUCACCAGGCUACUGGCCACAAAGGGCACCCUGCAGAAGUUUGUGGAUGACUUGUUUGAGACGAUCUUCAGCACGGCCCACCGCGGCAGUGCCUUGCCACUGGCGAUCAAGUACAUGUUUGACUUCCUGGAUGACCAGGCGCUGCAGCACGGCAUUACCGACCCCGAGGUGGUUCACACGUGGAAGUCCAACAGCCUUCCCCUGCGGUUCUGGGUGAACUUGAUCAAGAACCCCAACUUUGUGUUUGACAUAGUCAAGUCCAACAUAGUGGACUCAUGCCUGUCAGUGGUGGCACAGACUUUCAUGGAUGCCUGCUCAACAUCUGACCACCGGCUGGGCAAGGACUCCCCUAGCAGCAAGCUGCUGUAUGCCAAGGACAUUCCCAUAUACAAGGACUGGGUUGAGAGGUAUUAUCAAGACAUCAAAAUGAUGCCAGCCAUCAGCGAUCAAGACAUGAAUGCCAUGCUGGCAGAAGAAUCUAGGCUUCACGCUCAUGAGUUCAACACAAAUGUGGCUCUGCAUGAGUUGUACAAGUAUGCCUACAAGUACACAGAUCAACUGUUGCAGACCUUAGAAGAAGACGAAUUCUCCCAGAAGAACAAGCUGGCUCGGAAGCUGAGCCAGGUGAAUGCCAUAAUGAACGGGGAGUCGGAAGCAUGACGGUUGCACUGGCACUCGGUGGACGUGUGACGCGAGCAAGGACCUCAUCAAGCACCUCCUCUCUCCACGGCGCACGCGCCUGCGCGUGUGCUUGCGACUUGGUGUUCGGCAGGCAACCUGCGUUCCCGCUGCGGCGGCGCUUUUUGGUUUCUCCCGGUCCCUCCUCCGGCAAGCGUCUGGAGACGGUGUGUGUCAACCCUCCACUGAAUGCCACGCAACAUCACCCCCACCAACUCCCCCGCCCCUCACGUUCUACUUUGUGCGUUCCCCCGAGCCCUCCCUUAGGUCACUCUCGCCCCUCUCGUCUCAACCUUCUCUACACAAGGGCCACAAGGCACAGAGUGGUUCUCUCGCCUCCUCCAAUGACAUCAUCCAUUCCUUGUGUUGUGGUUCCCGUGCCAGAUGAUGUGUGUGAGCCAUGCCAUGGCCGGGGGUAUCAAGUGACACUGGCUAGCCCCAACAUGGGAGCGAGAGUAAACAGCAGUCUUGACGAUGUGGUGCAACUUGGCAUAUAAGUAACAGUGAAUGGUCUGAAGGUUACUGUAUUGUCUUAUUGUAUGUAUUAUACUUUGUGUGUUUGGUUGCAGCUCUCCACGCGGGCUGUAUCCUGCCUACAGGCUUACUGCAGGGACCCUUAUAAAGUGCACAUUUUCACUUCUGGAGGUAACGGUUGUGCUGGUUUUGACAUUUUUGGUUGCUUUUGAUUCGGUCUUCAGAUAGCAUCAAUAGGAGUUAACCUCACAGGAGGAAUUUGCAGGUAACUGCAGUACAGGGCAUUGUGUCACAACAUGUUUAAACGUGUGGUGCUGCAGUUGCCUGUAAGUUCCUCCCAUAAAUUUUAUAAUCUGAUCGAUCCUACCUUCCAAUGUGGCUAGCUGGAACUGUGCAAUCAAAACUAGCAUGAUUGUUACUUUUAAACGUGAAAACUCACAUAUUUAUAAACAUUACCUUGAUAAGAGUGCUUGUGCACUCUUAUGCAAUGAAAUCUAGAGUUUGACGAAAACUCGUCUGGCGAGGAAAGAACAUGGCUGAAUAAACGUACACUCACCGACUGAAAAAAUUCAAAACCACGGAUUGACAUUUCGGCACCCAAUACGGGUGCCUUGUUCGCAAUGAACGAAUGCAUGAUGGUCUUUGCGUCGGAAGACGUAAUUCGCUUGCAUACAACUCAGGGAAGGGUCCCCAUAUCCGGUUUAUCAUGUUAGUAGUAGAUUGUAUGCCGAAUGAUUCAAGGAGCAAUUGGGACGAUAACUUUUUCUCUCUUUCGAUGAUAGAAGCCGAAUGCCAGUUAAUACUGUGUCCAGUCUUUUCGUGAUGCUCCGCCAGGGCGCUGGAAACCAUGUGUCCUUUGGCCACAUCACUGCGGUGCUGCUGUAGCCUUCUUUUAAAGUUCCCUGUCUCGCCUACGUAGCACACGUGGCAGUCCUGGCAAGCUAAAAUAAGCAAGCUAAAACAACAACUUGUCCAAGUCAAAGACCGCCUCGAAAAAGUAAAAUUUCGGGGUGUCGUCUACAAAAUUCCUUACCAGGACUGCCAGGCGUGCUACGUAGGAGAGACAGGGAACUUUAAAAGAAGGCUACAGCAGCACCGCAGUGAUGUAGCCAAAGGACACAUGGUUUCCAGCGCCCUGGCAGAGCAUCACCAGACUGGACACAGUAUUAACUGGCAUUCGGCUUCUAUCAUCGAAAGAGAGAAAAAAUUAUCGUCCCGAUUGCUCCUUGAAUCAUUCGGCAUACAAUCUACUACUAACACGAUAAACCGGACAUGGGGACCCCUCCCUGAGUUGUACGCAAGCGCAUUACGUCUUCCGACGCAUAUAUAAUAAAGACCAUCAUGCAUUUGUUCAUUGGGAACAAGGCACCCGUAUUGGGCGCCAAAACGUCAAUCUGUGGUUUCGAAUUUUUUCAGUUGGCGAGUGUAAUUUUAUUCAGCCAGGCUCUUAUGCAAUGUUGUGCAAUGGUUGAGACACAAAUUAGCACUCGUGUCGAAGUUGUAAGGGCCUGUGAUCUUUACCACGAAUUAUGGGCCUCACAUUUGGCAUUAAGCAGCUUAGUGUUCAGCUGCAAUUUCCACAAAGUAUUCUAUUGACAGGACAAAUAUUACGCGAGUUCUAAAGCCAUUUCAAGGCUUCUUGGUUUAGGAAGAAGCAGUGAGCGCUUUUUUUGCAUACGCCUGCCAUCUUUAUUUACCAGAUGUCCACAUUGAGCACAGUGCUGAUUUAGUAGCCUGUAACUUUUGUGGAACAGCUGCUGACUGUUUUGACUGCCCAUGCUGCUUGCAUAAUGAUUCUGUACCAUGUGCUGAAGUUGGUGUAGUGAUAAUAGUAUUGACCAAAGUGGGCUAUGUCGUCAGAACUGCGUUUUUCUCUCGGUCCUACCUGUCUCGUCAGAGAAAGAGGAACUCGUUUUUCCAAUAUUGCUUUGACGCGGCAGUACACAGUGCUCUGAAUCUUUUGAGGGACACAAGGUGAAAGGCUGCCUAUAGAAACAGCAGUGUUAAAUUUUAUUUUUUGUUAUCGCUUUUAAUUGUCAUUGUGCCACUUAGAUUUCUUAUUACUUAAGUUCACUUUGCAUGUCUUUUACAAAGAAUAUGGUGCUCUUUCGAGUGCUGUAUUGUGAGUGUCCCCGUUCUAACACCAUAGAAGACAAGUGAGGUUCACAGGCCAAGUUAAUUCCUUUAUCAUAAUUUUCAUUAUCUUUACCAUUUUCUUUCAACAAUCAUCAAAAAAUAUUUCACCCUAGUAACGCAAGCUGUGAUUGCAUGGGCAGGGUUGUUUUAGGUUAAUUAACAAUACUGCCAAACAUUGUGGCCUCUGACCUACUUUAAUAUUAAGGUACACGUGAUUUUAAUUUUGUUUUAUUUUAGUUCUUUAAAGCUGAUUUUUGUGCCUAGUACUUCGUGGAAGGACAUUACGUAAUUUUUUUUUCCUUUUUACAAUGUGGCCUUCAGUUUUUAGAUUGCAAUUGAGGAAUACUUAACAUUGUUGUAUCCGAGUAGCCUUGUGACUCAAAAACACGCUGUGAAUCUCUGUUGGGAAGAAAUAUCUUGUCUCAAGACUUGUGCGUGUUGAACGUGUUUCAAUUGCCCCUCAACACCACUGUGGAUAUGACGUCUGUUAGACCUACAUAUCAGCACCUGCAAGGCUCAGCCAACUUCUCAUUGUGUGCAGACCUUGCCUUUCAAGGCCACUCGACUGAGCGUGUGUUGUGUGCGUGUGUGUGUGAUGCAUGCUCACCUUGCCGAAGAACGCCACGGAAUCGACAGCAUCGUCGUCUGGUUCUCGGAAGCUAGAGGACACUCUUUGGAAGAGGAGAGAACUGCUACAAGACUGUUCUGGAAAACUGUGUCAACUAGUGCUGCGCGCUCUCGCAAGACAAAAAACAAAACAAAAAACUUUUUGAGUGUUAUGUGUGUGUGUGUGUGUGUGUGUGUGUGUGUGAGUGAAGUUGAGAUGAUGAAAGCUGGACUUCUCUGUGUGCUCUGCUCACUAGGCUAACAAACAAACAUAAAAAGAACUGCAAAGGUGCUGUUGAAAAAGCUCCUUUUGCCUGCUCAUUGGCAAAAGGAAAAAAGCCAGGGAUGGGCGUAAAGCAUAAGAUACAUACUUUCUCAUCCGCACUCAUUUUAAGUCACGAGUGCAGUAGUGGCAAGGUUGGCUGUGUUGGAGAGCUGCUUACUGAAGUAUUUAAAAAAAAAAAAUUCCCACUACCAGUGUUUACCAUUUCGUUAACCUAUAGAGCUCUCAUAACUGGCAUUUACUCACUUACGCAGAAAGCAAAAGAUUAACAGAGGAUGUUCCACUCAUGAGUAUUUUAAGGUAAUCUUGAUUUCCGGAUGUAAAAGUGUUGAAACAUCCGGUCGUUCAUUUAUUUUUCUUUUUUAAUCUUUUAAUUUUAGUUUAUCGGACUCUUGCAAUGUCAGUCAAUCAGUAGUCACUCAAGGGUUGUCAUGCCUGAUAAAGUGUUCAGGGAGUUUUCUUGUUUCCUAUUUUACAAUGGAGUCUGCAUUUUGUUCCUUUCUGGUCUGGUGAGGAUGCCUUCAGUUUAUGAUGUUAGAAAAACAGGCCCUGUUGUGGACCUAGUAGAUGCCUCAUUUCUUAGCACCAAGGCCCUGCAUAUUAUUCUAUUUCCUGCAUGCGAAGCAAAUCUUAACAAGUGUUUUUUUUAAAGGAGCUCUUGCUACACAAUAGCUUUGUUCCAAAACACUUCGGCCAUAAAUGCAUAAUGCCGGCAGCUUGCCAGAUGGCUGCUCUGCGUAUGUGGCAUAAAGAGAUUGCCCUUUGACGAGCUAGACUAAGCGUAAUAACGGCGGCAGUCUACUCCUUUUUGUGUUCACAGUCAUAACGCUUUCAUUCCCCAUCAGCACAGGUGGCACCAGUAUCCAUUGUUCAAUCAAAAAGACAUCAACUUAGCCAUGUGCCAAGAUGUAACGCUUAAAUGACUGUCACCAAAGGCAUUCUUGACCCAAGCCCUCUUCAUUCAGAGAGGUCAGGCAGCCUUUCUGUUCGCGACAGUAACUUGUACAUGCCUCGUUUUCUUUCUUUUUUUUCACUGCUUUGUUUUUCUACGGUAAGUCACACCCUGUAACUUUGUCACAACGGUGUUUCUACAUCUUCCAAAGCAAUCCCCCCCUCCCCCAAAUCCCCCUAUCCGAUAACUGUCUUGAUGCUGCUGCACUACCUAGGCAGGCACUUACUGUGGAGCCAACAGGGCACGGAGCGGCUGCGUUUUGCGAGCCCCGCUUUUUGUACAUAGCCACUUGCACCCAUUUCCGAUUGUGUCGUUUUUGAAUCUACGUGAUGUGUGUAUGUAUGUUCUGCGGACCUCUGGAGAUACUGUUUUCAGCCGCCAAGAAUAUAUGACAAGAAGUUAUGUUGCUCUCUCUCUUUCUCUCUCCUACCACGUUUUAUGUGAGUGUGCAUGCGUGUGUGAGAAUGUGUACCCAUUGUGUGAUGUGAGCGAUCAGUCGCACUUGUAAACAAAAAAAGAAAAAUAAGAAGAAUGGACUUGUGUGCUAAGGCUAAGGUGUGAAAACAAAGCAACCAGACUUUUGUACAAGAAACUCACUUUGUAACAUAUUUAUAGCAUACAUAUUUUUAUUAUGAUAUUGGUUUAGAGAAUUCACUAUCUUGCUCAAGUGAUUUCUUUCAUUAAAACAGUGUAUGAAAAACA